AUGGCAUUCCUUUGUCUAAAGUUUUCGGAGCCGGGCCGGCGGAUUUGCGUAGUAGUUCCCGGACCGGAGGCCGCACAAUGCCGCCUUUUUGCCAACACCGCCCUCGGAUCGGUGAUUGGUUGGACCCACACUCGGCUCCGGCCGGCGACCUGGGCCGAGCCGCUUAGCCGAGUUCCUGGGCCAAAGCUUCCCCUCCAUGAAGCCCUCCUCGUCAGUGGCCCAACCCCCUCGCUUUUCCCUGAAGGAUCAAGUUCAGCCCGCUCAGAUGACGAUGGCGGCAAUCUGAUGACUUUGUUUGGGGCGCGAAGAGAGGGCCUCUGGCCAAGAAACUUGGUAUUGUGUAAUUGUAGCACAUUCAGGCCCGUGCACCCGCUAAGCUUUAGCGCCAUCCCCUGCUUUUUCCAGGCGCCCGCUGGUGCUUUGGGAGGCCUUGCUGCUGGCAGUCAAGAAGCGUCGUCCCCUCGUAUCUCCAGCGAGUUCUACGACCACCCGAUCACACCCGUCCAACAGCGCCAGCGACGGACGCUUCCUCGCCGACAAGACACCGCAAGCCCCCGAUCGGAAGAUAGAUCGCCUACCCCAUCUUCCCAACGGACUCUCCGCCGGACCCCCCGCUUCUCAGCCAGCCCCAGUCCCAGUCCCAGCCCCCGCCCCCUCGAUACUACACCACGUCGGGCCCACCUUGAAGCGGCCACUGUUGGCAUUACCCCCCGGCCGCUCUUCUCGACAGUUGGCGGGCCUGCGCAAUCCGGACCGGCCGAGCAAGUAUUCCACUCCUUUCGGCGGCAGCUCUCCCAGGAGCUCAGCGACGAUCCCGAAGAAGCGUCGACCUUUCUCCCGUCGUCGUUCAACCCACACAGCCAGCAAUACCCCUCCUCGACAACACCCCAGCCUCACCCGGCCGUCCGGCUCUCCAAGAAUACCAAGAGUGCCAUCCUCUGGGCCCUCGAGGAAGCACUCCGGAAGCCGCACCCUUUCUCAUCCGAUCCUGUUGAGGAGAACGCUUCGAUGGCGGAUCUUCUCGCCGGUAGCGGCGGCCCUCCCACGACCAAUGGCCAUAUCACAUCCUCUUCCCGGCCAACUGCACCUCCGGCUCAGACUGGAUCCCCGCAACAAGUAAUCCGUGGCCCUCGCAUGAUCAUGCGCGAGCGAGCAGAGCGCGAGGCCAGGCAACGAGCAGAGAGGGAGCAGAUGGAGCGAGCCCGCGCAGAAGAAGAGGCUCGCUUACUUGAAGAGGCACAACGGCGGGCGGCUGAACAGAGACAGCCCGUUGCUGGCGCUGCUCCAGGCGGCGACAUACCCACAGACCCGGCUACCCAACGCCGGCAACAGCGUGCGCAGGAGGCGCAAUCGGGCUCCCGAGUCUCCGCCGGCAUGCCUUCGGCUUCUAUGCACCAUCAAUCAGCCACCGUGCCACCUCUGCGCCCAACUAGAGUGCCGGCGACUGCACAACCCCCACAAAACCUCGCCGCCACGCCUCAACCCGGCAUGAAUGCAUCGGCGCCUGUUCAACCAGGCGAGCCGUCAAACCAGGGCAUGGGCUCCACCCGUAUUAAGAAUACGUUCCCCCAUGCCUUUGAGCGGUGGGAAGCUCUCUCGGCGCAUUGGGAAGGCAUGACCAGCUUCUGGCUCCGGAGGCUCCAAGAAAACACAGACGAGGCCGAACGUAACCCCAUCAGCACGCAGCUCUCUCGGCAGGUUGCCGACCUCUCGGCGGCUGGCGCCAAUCUCUUUCAUGCCGUGGUCGAAUUGCAGCGGCUCCGUGCCAGUUCCGAGCGUAAAUUCCAGAGGUGGUUCUUCGAGACCCGCUCAGAGUUGGAACGGAACCAAGAGGUGAACGCGGUGCUGGAGACCCAGAUGGAACACGAACGACAAGCCAGAGCCGACGCUGUCCGGGUCGCUGCACAGAGCGACGCCGAGAAUAUCAAGCUCCAAAAGUUGGUGAGCGAGAUGCGGCGGGAAUUGCUCAUUUCCAAAGAGGAAGCUCGCCGCGCUUGGGAGGAGCUCGGCCGCCGCGAACAAGAAGAGCGCGACCGUACCGUGUCGCUUCAGCAGGGGCACCCGACGGUCGUUGGUGGCGUGCAAGUCGUACCGAUGACCCAGACCAUACCCAGUCGGACUGCAAGCCGGCACACCCGCUCGACCAGCCAAGUUGCCGAUACCUCGGACUACAUGGCCGGCCAAGGAAAUCAAUACCCGGCCUAUACCUCUGCGCCCCAGCCGCCCUCUUCGGCUGCUCCCGCCAAUGCCGUGCCACAGUCACCAGCUUCAGCCGGCGACCAAAGUAGGUACUACCAGCAGGCCGAGACCGCCGGCAACGACGCAGGCGACUACGGUGCGGAGUCCGAAGCAGGGUAUAGCGAAGGUGAAUAUAUGAUUGAUGCGAGGGGGAAUUACCUGAUGGACGAGCACGGCAACAGAAUUCCGUACCACAGCCCCUCCACAUCGCCGAGCCGCGCAAGAAGAUCGGAUGCUGGCGCUGAGGAUUAUGAGACUCCGGCGCCGCAGCCACCGACCAGCUACCCUCCAUCCAGCUCACACUGGGCGGGCACGCAGGCGGGUGCCCAGCCAGGAGCACAACUAGGUGCAGCCGAGUACGCCGGCCAAGGCUUUGCCGCACCUGGCUGGGAGCAACUGCCCCGACACCACCACCCCACCAGGCUCAGCGAUGUCAUAGAGGAGGACGAGCGAAGCCGCACGUCGGUCAGCCACGUGAGCCGUGCCUGA